GACAAACGCGGAAAACAUUGUCCCCUUUGGUUCUUCGUCGCUUUUCUUGGUGGAAAGGAAACGAAAGGAAAGAUAUCUCUCUGAUCGUGGAAAUUCAGAUAUUAUAAGAACAAAUCAAAGACGGAGCCUUUCUCUCUCUCUCUCUCUCUCUCUCUCUCUCUCUCUCUCUCUCUCGCCUGAUUGAAUGAGAAAUCCUCCUCCGUCUCUGCUCUCCCUCACCGUCAACGCCGCCGUCUUAAACCUCUCUCGCAUCAACGAUCUCUCUCAUCUCCCCGAUCACAUCGUCCCGGAACUCUUCGCCAGGACAUUGGAAGCUGGGAAGUUGAAUGAGAGAGUUCUAAGACUGUUUAUGGCGUCUGGAAACGAAGAAGUUCUUUCCGUUAUCGACGCUCUGAAAAUCAAAAUCGACGUCACUCCCAUUAUUCCUACUCGAUGUCAUGAGAGAUUUGGAUUGAACGAAAUGGACUAGACGCCAAGUUCCCUAGUUAAAUGAUGUUGCCAAUGAGUGGGUUUUGAAGCUUGGUCCCUUACCAAUGAGGUCUAAUUGUAUAAGUUUUUUAUUCCCGUUCCUAUGAAGUUUGUAUGCAAUCAUGGAAGGUUUUUGUUUGCUGCAGAGUUCUGUUUUUAAGUUUCUAUCUUCUAUUGUUUCGUUAUCCGACUUUCCAGUUCCAUGUUAUUCAAGUAUAUAGCUCAAGUCCAGUUCCAUCUUAUUUGAGUUAUAUGUAAGAUAUGAUAUUUGUUCUGCCUA